ACAGUCAAAUCCAAAGGAGCCACCUUUUCCUCUUCUUUUCUGAUUUUAAAUGGACGGAUUUACACGUGGCCACAUGUAAUCUACAGUAUCAUCAAAUCAUCUGAGUGCAAGCCAUGUAGUCAGCCCUGUGAGAAUCCCAGUGCUCAGCUCAGUGUUCGGCCUCAUGGUCCCAGUGGAAAAGGAUCUUCCUCCUCAUUAUCCCCAGCCUCUAUCGCUGAGGAUGUCUUCUUUGGUAACACCAAUGAUGACCAGGAUACAUCUUCUGUAGUCAGUGACUACGACUGUCCCUGCGUUGAGGUGAGCAGCAGCGUGGAGGAUCUGCAGGGUUUCAGCUCCUCUUUCAGAGACUCUGAGUAUUUCAAAGACCUGGAGGGAGGUACACUGGCCUUACAGACUACUACAUCCACAGUAACCACUGCAGUCCCUAAACCUGAUGGCCAACAGGUGUCUCUAAAAACAGACAGUCCAACCUUGAACCAACCUUUGCAGAGUUUGACUACACACUCCCCACAGGUUAGUGCACCAUCAUGCACUUCCUAUGAUCAGUCUGCAGAAGAACUUCCUUGCAGUUUUGUGGUUACUCAGCUUAGCCCGAAGUUGCUGCAAGGUUGCAUCAUUGAUAGUGGUCACUCCAUUGGUCCUGCAGUAGGUUUAAGCUUGACAAUUAAUAUAAAUGGACUGCUGGGAUCUAUGGAAACAACAAAACCAGUAACAGGACAAGAAGCAGUAAAGGAUCAACCAACGAUGGAUUUAGAUGGAGAACCAGACCUGGACAGCUUUCCUAUUCUGGUCAGAUCCAUGUCAACGUCUCGGAGGCACAGCUGGGGUGUCCCUCUGUCACCCAUUAACUCUGGCAGGAGACUGAGUUUGGAUACUAUGGUUAUAGACAGCGAUGAAGAUGAUGAGCAGCGACAGAAGAGUCUUUUCCAGUCCAGCCAGCAGGAACCUGAAAGCUGCUCCGAACGGCCUGAAGAUGAACCGGAUGGUUCCAACCUAAAGGCCACCGGUGUUCCUGGCAAGCAGCUGUACUCUCGCUCAGAGAUCCUUGCUACAGAUGAAUGUUCCAGAGCGGCGCACAUUUCUCGUGUUGUCCAGACAUCCAAACAGGCCGCCAGGGCCGCUGGAGUGGCAGAGUUUGACCCUGAAGAAAAUUUACACUCUACUGAAGGACAAAACCAUAUGGCAAAGCAGAGAAACAAUAGACCAGAAACCAAAGAUUCAGGAAGUCUCACUUGGUACGAGUUCCUCUUCAAUGAGAAUGAGGAAGAAGAGGACCGCGCAGAGAAGGUGGAAAAAGGCACCAAGGUGAAGAGGACUCUCAGCUCUCUCAGGAACAGAAUGACUGGCUCCUUCAAUAAGGACAAGGGUAAGAACCGAGAAAAAGAGCAGCAGAAAGAGAGGGCCAAGGAGAGGGACAGAGAGACCAGAGAGAAAGAGAAAAUGUGCACCAGCAACAAUAGUGGGCAUCAUUUGGUGCCAGGUUCCUUCUCCAGCUGUGCCACGUGCUCACUGUGUGGCAAGUCCCUGCAGAAAAAGCAUGGCCUGCAGUGCAUGAAUUGUGCUGUAAACGUUCACAAGAGCUGCAAGUCUCUACUGGGGGAGUGCACCAGCAGCAAGAAUAAGAGAGAUUCUCUUCAGAGGACUUGCACAUCUGGAUCUCCUAACCUUGCGCUAAAAGACCGGGGCAGAGACAAAGAUCAGGCAGGCACAGCUGCAUCUCAGGCACUGGAUGGCCACCGAGGUAUUCCCAGUGCCCCAGGUAUGACCAUUAGUUCGUGGGGAUCAAGCACUCAGCAAACUGCCGCCCAUAACACUAGCUUCAGUGCAGCUCCUGCAUCCAACCUUGGCUACAGCCUUCGUCACCACAAUAGCUCAGGAUCUAUCCCUGGGGAAAUGGAUGAGACAGAUGCUCUGCGGUCCAAACGCUGCAAUGAAGACACCAUUUCCCUCGCUCCUUCGACUACAGAGUCCAUCAUCGUAGAAGAAGCUCACUAUGCAGCAUUGCGGGCUGACCUGGAGUUGGACGCUCAAGACUUGGAAGCAGACUCGUGGAGUUUGGCAGUUGACCAGCAGUAUCUGAAGAAGCACUCAAAAGAAGUGGUUAAGAGGCAGGAUGUGAUUUAUGAACUGAUGCAGACAGAGAUGCACCAUGUGCGGACACUGAAGAUAAUGCUGCGAGUGUACGUCAGAGAGCUAAAGGAAAACCUCCAGAUGGAUGCCAGCAGGCUGGACUGUCUGUUCCCCCGCUUGGAAAACCUCCUCGAACUCCAUCUGCAUUUCCUGUCACGUCUCAAAGAGCGUCAGCGGGAAAACCUCGUCUCACCCAACGAGAGGAACUACACCAUCAACAGAGUGGCAGACAUCCUAAUUACCCAAUUUUCAGGUGAGAUUGGAGAAAGAAUGAAGGAUUGUUAUGGAGACUUCUGUAGUCACCACACUGAAGCUGUCAGCUACUACAAAGACCAGCUGCACAACAACAAAAGGUUUCAAAACAUUAUAAGGAAAAUCAACAACCUGUCCAUCGUGCGGAGGUUAGGAGUGACCGAAUGCAUUUUGUUGGUGACACAACGAAUCACAAAGUAUCCGGUGCUGGUGGAGCGUAUUCUGCUGAACACUGAAGUGGGUACAGAGGAGCACGAGGAUUUGACUCAGGCACUGGGUCUGAUUAAAGAUACCAUCAUACAGGUUGAUACUCUGGUUAAUCUCCACGAGAAAAACUCUCGACUCAGAGACAUACACAACAAGAUGGAGCCAAAGGCACAGGGGAAAAUCAAAGAUGGUCGAGUGUUUCGGAGGGAAGACCUCGGACAGGGGAGAAGACGGCUGCUUCAUGAGGGCACAGUCAGCUGGAAGGCUGCCUCUGGCAGACUUAAAGAUAUUCUUGCUGUUCUCCUCUCCGAUGUGUUGCUCUUACUCCAAGAGAAGGAUCAGAGAUAUGUAUUUGCCACAGUGGACAAUAAGCCGUCAGUGGUUUCUCUCCAAAAGCUGAUAGUCAGGGAGGUGGCCCAUGAGGAGAAAGCCAUGUUUCUUAUCUGUGCUUCUUCCAAUGAGCCAGAGAUGUAUGAGAUUCACACCACCUCUAAGGAGGAACGGAACACUUGGAUGACACAAAUACGACAAGCUGUUGAGAGCUGUCCGCACACAGAAGAGAGGCUGUUCAGCGAGGAAGAGGAGGCACAAGCUUCUAGGCUUAAAGAAUUUCAAGAGCGGCUGAGCCAGAAGGAUGCAGUGAUUGUGCAGGCUCUCACUGAGAAGCUGCAGCUGUUUGCAGACAUGGCAGAGUCCAUGGGAGGCCUGGAGGACACAGCAUCUCGUUCCAGACUGCUGCUUCGUGGGGACGCCUCUGACCUCCAGCAGGGGGAGACCCUGCUCAAAGGCGCUAUCACUGAGGUGGAAAACCUGCAGAACCUGCUGCAGUCUGGAGUGAUAGAAGAGGCUCAACCCUCUCAUACAGAGGAGAGUGUUGGUUCUGGGGUUCUGCCUAGGCGAGCAGACACCUUUGGGGGCUAUGACAGCAGUCCCACCAUCCUUAAUAAGAAUGGCAUUGUAAAGAAGAACUUUUCUGGUGAGUCCAGAAACAGAGACAGGAGCCAGAGAGCCAGCUCUGACCCUCAGCUCAAAGACCUCUGUGGCAGUCACACUCUGGAGCAGACGGUUGAUGAAAGUUGUUGCACUCCAGCUAGAUGGAACCGCAUCUGGUCCAACUCCUUCCCUGAGGCUGAGUUCUUUGACAGGGUGCUGAUGCUCUCCCAGAGACUUUAUAGUCUACAGGCCAUCAUAUCACAGCAGGACAGUCAAAUUGAGCUGCAGCGGGCCUCGUUGACCGAGCGGACCUCCCUGCCAGGCCGCCACAGAGGAAAUGUUCUGCUGGAGCAGGAGAAACAGCGAACUCUGGCUCUGCAGAGAGAGGAGCUUGCCAGCUUCCACAAGCUGCAGUCUCAGCACAGGCAGGAGCAGCAUCGCUGGGAGAGAGAGAGGGAGAGGCACCGGCAGCAAGUCGAAGCCACAGAAGCCAGGCUACGACAAAGAGAGGAGGAGUGCAGACGACUGGAGGAGCAUGUGGCAAAAGAGAAGGAAGAGCUGGACAGGCAGAGGGAGACGUACCAGCAGGACCUGGAGAGACUAAGAGAGUCCACCAGAGCCGUGGAGAAAGAAAAGGAACGCCUGGAACACCUAAAGAAGAUCAAGAGGAAGACAAUUGAGGUGGCUCCUCUGUCUGGCAGUCUGAAUGGGGAGCUCCUCUCAUCUUCGGGCCUCACCAGCACCACCAGUGUCUCCGACUUUCCUGCACCCCAGAAACCUUUGGUACGUGCCAGCUUGUCUGUUGCACCAGCUGACUAUCCUGAGCGCCCUGAAGUGGCGCUGCGGCGAGAGACGGGCUCUUCUACCCUUCCGCUGCCACUGAAGACAGAAGUGCCGCUCCAUCUCUUCAGCACCACCAACCAGCAGCACAAACCAGUGGGGGUGCAGCAGCAGAUCCCCACCAAACUGGCAGCAAUCAACAGCGGCAAAGGGAAAGGGAGCAAGGGUGGCAAAGCCUCACAUCGCACCGACAGCACAGCCUCAGUGGAUAUGAAGCAGAUGCUUCCUCUGAAGCUGUCUGGCAGAGAGGACAACGCCCUCAAAGCCAAGCGCUCCAUCAGCCCCCACCAGCAACUCCCUCCGUCAGCUCCUCCUCAGUACCACACAGAUCAGCUGAGUCCUCCAGACAAUACUGGACCAGACACCCAGCCUGCCUCCUCCAUCACCUCCUCCCACCUUCAAAAUGUACAGAAGCCCCCUAUGCCUUCUGCACAGUUCCACCCUCAGCCCUCCACACAGCCUCCCACCAUGCCUCCCCACUCACAAGGUCCCACAUCACUUCAGUUUCAAACCAACGUGCAGCCACAGACCCUCAGUUCAAAUGUUCAUGGGCUCAGCCACAACAUCCCACCACCCUACACCAUCACCACAGAAGACCUGAAUAAGGAGGAUGUUAUAUUUUUUUAAUUUUCAGUUUCCCCCCGAACAAUCACCAAUUCCAUAACAGAAUCAGUUAUGAAGUGGUUACUGAUCCACAGUCAACCACGAGGCCCAUUUAAUGUGGGCAGGAGUGUUGUUAUUGCAGAGAGCAUGGCUGCAGUAACUUCCAGAAAAAUCCACAACUUGACAUUAUGUUCAAGAACAUUUUUUUAACACUGCUACUCCACAUUUGUUUCUAAUCUGCCAAUAAUAUUUUAUUUAAUUUGUAGUUUUACAUCUGAUCACAAGUAUAGAGAGAUAACUUGUGGGAAAAUAAAGGUGUAGUAGCAUGUGUUUUUUUUUUUUGUUUUGUUUUUUUAAAGAAAAAAAAAAGUUGAAAUGAAGUUUAAUUAAUCCAAAGACAAAAGAGCUGAAUGGGAUGUGACUGAAAGGAGCUCUGAGGAAGAGUCAGUUGUAUUUCUGCAGAGGAGUGAAGCAUGAACAGCCCAGCGAUGGCGUCCUGGCAUUUACUGCACGCUUCUGCUGGACCUGGAACAACAAGAAACGGCUCUGCUAGAAGCUCCAUUUGCACAAUGUAAAUUCUCCAAUCCAGACUAAUGAAGAAACUUUAAAUGGGAAACAUGCUUAAAAGUUGAUUCUGCAGCUUCAUUUUAUUUUGUUAUUGCUACUUGUCUUAAUUAUGCUCAUAGAAAGACUAAACUGUGGAUCACACCUGUAGUGUUGCAAACUGGUUGUACAACCUGACUCUAAUAAUGAUUUAUUUUGAUUAAUUUUAUUUGAGACUUUUUAUCUGCCUCUUUAAAAGAAUUCGGCAUUCAGUCUGAAUUUUACUUUCAACUGUGGCUGUUAGUUUUUUAAAUAGCGUGCAGCUAUACUGUUCCAUAAAAGAUCACAUCUUUUGUAAGUUAUGACUGAAAUCUGCAAGUUUGAGAAUGUACUUAAAUUAAAAUGACUUCAGACUUUAAUGUUUGAAAGCUUUUUACUUGGAACUGUUGUUAGACAUACAGGAAAGUAGCUAAACAUGACCACAUUUGGUACUUUGCAGAUGUGAUGAAGGUCCUUAUUGUCUCGUCUGAGAUGCAUUUCCCAAAAGUGUCCCUUUUAAUCUUUUUCAUCAUUGUUUUAAGUUUUGUUUCCAUUUUUUAAGCAGUAGUGAUCAUACUUUAAAUAUUUCACACAGUCCUGUGUUUAGGAUGGCAUUUUCUUUGAGUUGCUUCAGUUUACUGGAUGGUGGCCUUUGUCA